AAUGGCAUGUACGUCACGUUCGCUUAGCCUCUUCAACUCUGAUACCCUACCUACCCAAGUACUAUGACCUCCGACGAACUUGAUGCUGAACCUCAAGCACCAAGGAGAUCCUCAAGGAUUUCAGGGCAAGCAACAGUAGAGACUCCUGCUCUUGCUAAGCAACCGAGAAAGCCUUCAAAAGCGGGGAAAAAAAGGGCAGUCGAGGAGGUUGACAAAGAUGAACGGAGCAAGAAAGCCAGAGCCAAUGAAGACAAAACGGUCGAGGAGAAUGAUGAUGUAGCAGAUGUAGCACCCAUCGACAUUGGCGAUAUUCUCCCCUCGAUAACCCUCAAAAAUGAGAAAGGCGAAGAUAUCGAUACUGGUUCAAUCGCAGCAGAGAAGGGUGUCGUUCUAUUUCUAGUUCCCAAGGCUGACACACCUGGAUGCACUACGCAAGCAUGUGGCUUCCGUGAUAUAUGGCAAGAAUUUGCUUCGCUUGAUUAUGAUGUGUAUGGAGUUAGUGCCGACUCCUCAGCUGCUCAGAGUAAAUGGCAAACCAAGAAACAACUCCCGUUCCCGCUCAUUUCUGAUCCAAAAAGAUUGUUGAUAGGCGUUCUUGGAGCUGGUAAUGGAAACAAGACGAAACGUAGUCAUUUUGUCUUUGAGAAGGGUGGCAAACUUUUGGAUAAGCGAAUGCCUGUGAAGCCGGCAGACAGUCCUCGUUUCGCAUUGGAGUUUAUCAAAGGCUUCGGGGCGAGCGAAUAAGCAGCCGCUCGGUCAAGUUAAUACUAUGAAUUCAUCUGAUCUUUCCGCAUCGCAAUCUCUAAUUUAUCUAUGACAACGACGCUGUCGCUGGCACUACUGGUCUUAACUAUUCUUGAGCUACCAAGAAGCGUCUCAGAAUGAACCGUUG